CUGAAGGCGGCACGACACACUUUAAGAGGGCGACUGAGAUUUCACAGUUCAAUAAUGAUCUCAUCUGUCCAGAGAUCUGUUUAAAAGUGCAUGUGUGAAUUAUAAAGCAGUUGUUAUCCAGAAGAACUCGACUGCAGUGAUCCAGUGCUCACCGUCUUCAGACCUGCGGAGGUGAAGACACAAACAUGGGCCAGAACGGAGGACGAGCACGAUCAUGUGUCCUGUGUUUUCUGCUGGUGUCCAGCAUGUGUUUUGUAAGUGCAGAAUACUUCAGCUGUGGUGAGAAUGAAUUUUCCAAUCACACAAGCAACAGUUGUCAACCGUGCCCACAGUGCCAACCAGGACAGGAGCCUUAUAUGAACUGUGGCUACGGCACUAAAGAUGAGGACUAUAACUGCAUUGCAUGUCCAGCGGGGAAGUUCUCUAAAGGCAAGUAUGAGAUCUGCCGUCGACACAAAGACUGUGAUUCGCUGUACCGCGCCACCGUGUUAACGCCCGGAACUACCGAGAGUGACGCCGAGUGCGGCGCAUGUUUACCAGGGUACUACAUCCUGGAGAACAGACCGAGGAACAUCUAUGGGAUGGUGUGUCAUUCAUGUCAGAACGCUCCACGAAACAUCAAAGAGUGCAUGCGCCCAACACCUGUGAUCCCAGGGCGAGCUCCCAGUGUGCCAUCCAGUAGCACCACUAUAUUCCCACAUCCAGAGAAAGAUCCAACAGGACAAGGUCACCUAGCAACAGCCCUCAUUAUCGCCAUGUCAACCAUCUUCAUCAUGUCCAUCGCUAUAGUGAUGAUCAUUAUGUUCUACAUUCUGAAAGCCAAGCCGAGCGGACAAGCAUGCUGUUCUGGACAGAUAAUAAAGACAGUUGAAGUCCAAACAAACAAGCAGGAGGAGAAGAAAGAUGCUCAAGAAAAUGUCGUCAUAUAUGCAGAGAAGGAUGAAUUUGACAAGCUCAAACCUUCACCCCCAAAAACAGCGAAAAGUGAAAGUGACGCGUCAUCAGAGAACGAGCAGCUGUUGAGUCGCAGUAUUGACAGCGAUGAAGAAGCCGCUCAAGAUAAACAGGGAGCUGCAGAUCUCUGUCUGAUGUCAUUAGUUCAUCUGACCCGAGAGAAGACAAGCUCCACCAACACCAUCAACAACAACAACAACUGCAGCACCAGCAGCAAAACCACAGGGAUUCACAGCAGGAGGAGGAAGAUCUUGGACUUGUACACAAAGGCGUGCAGUGUUGCAGAGGGUUUGAGUCCUACAGAACUUCCCUUUGACUGUCUGGAGCGCACCAGUCGGAUGCUCAGCGCCACCUACAGCACCGAUAAAGCCGUGGUGAAGACGUGGCGACACCUCGCCGAGAGCUUCGGGCUCAAGCGCGAUGAGAUCGGCGGCAUGAGCGACGGCGUGCAGCUGUUUGAUCGCGUCAGUACGGCGGGUUACAGCAUCCCAGACCUCCUCACACGUCUGGUCCAGAUCGAGAGGUUGGACGCGGUGGAGGCGCUCUGCUUCGACAUUCUGGGCGGACCCGAGAACGGAGUACCUCCAUCCAGCCAUCAUCCAACCCUGUCAUCCCGCUGCGCGAGCGUCUGAGGUUCAGUCGCCAUCAUGACUCAAAUCACAUGAAGAAAUCUCGCCUUGGACUUUCACAGAUGACCGUCGGUUGAACUUCUAAUGGACGUGCUCGUGUUGAUUGAAUGGAGAACUCGGACAGACAGUGUGUGAUUGGUUCAGGAUGGGAAACUGCUCUGGACUCAUGUACAUUUGACUGGGACAUUUGUCUUAUUUUGUCCCAUUUUCUUUCUCACGUACUUCCACUUCCACACUAAUGAUCCCGACUGAAGUGGAUGAACAUCGUUUAAUGGGAUGCUUCAUAACAGAUUGAGGAAAUGUGGUAAAUAAAGGGGCGUUCACUCAAGAUCUGCAGCAACGAUGUGCUCUAAAGGCAUUGACUUUUACUGAGAGUUGACAAGAUGAUUUAACCAUUACCUCCAAAACAUACUCUACACAAGUAUGCGAAUGCUUUUGGCUACACAAGCUUUGAUUUCACAAGCGUUUUGAAAUGUGUCAGUCCACAAGGGGCGCCACAACGUGCUUUAGUGUAAACUGUCGUCUUCUACAAUCAGACCUCUGAAGGAAACUAUCGCCCAGUGAGGUCUGAAGUUUGUUACUGCCAUAGUAUCGCAAAUAUGCACGUUAAUCUGAAUUAUCCUUGAGGGGUUUGUGGUUGGAUAGAAUAGAAAACAUGGAGGACGACAGUUUCAUUCUUGCAUGUUUCUUGGGGAACUCUUAUUUUGGCACCGUAAUGCAUGUUGGUUAGUUGGCGUCAGGGCUGGUGAUCUGGCAUACCGGGUAUUGUCCCGGUGGGCAGACGCACUUUGGGGCCGAUCAGGGGCGGACUGGCCAUCGGAAGAACCGAGCGGGCCGGUGCGUCGUCAACGAAACGUGCCGAAUGGGCCGCGAUAAGCUAAAAUAAGCCGCUCCGUAAAACGUGUUUAUCUUUAGUUUCCCAGUCAGAAUGGCGAGUUAAGGUGCCACUUCCAAAUAGGAAACUCUCAUUUAUGGUCAUUCUGAUCACACGUGAAGUAUGUACAAUCGCUUCAGUGUUUGUGUACUUGCAUAGAGUAUGUCUCUGGUCUUACAUUUCUAUUGUAUAGACAUCUGAAGUGCCUGAAUAACUCACAGCUCAAGAGACUUUUAUACUGUAUGAGAUUCAGUUUAUGUGCAUAUUUCACUCUCACCAGCGGACUCGAUUCAGAUUAUGGACUUCACAGGUGCAAUGAAAUAUUAUAAAUCUCUGUUCGUUUGUCAGAAAGCAUCUCGGGUGUAUGCACGUGUCAGGCCUGGCAGUGUGUGCGUGUGAAGACCAGAGUCCCGUGCAAACGUGUUGUCCUGCGAACAGCCGCUGGUUCUGGGACUAAUUGGCUGGGACUGGUGCUUUACGACUCUUAGUGCAAAGUGCCUGUGAUUUCCAGCACCUCAUUAACUAAUAAUCCAAACGGAAAAGCCAUAAAGUGGCCGAUAGGACGCAGAGCGGCAGCUGUAUAAACGUUUAACUGCAUGCAGUAUGUAGAAAUGUUAAAGAAAGUAAAGUGAUACUAUGCAUGCCGUGACCCGCGGGUGACCCUGAGUUUAACAUUGUUCCACUCUGUAACAUUUAGAGGUUUUUUAAAUACUGCUAUAAUCUGCACAAAAGUCAUGUUUUUGAUUUGAUCACUUAUAAAGUGUUUGUAAGUUAGUAUAAUUACAGUUUAGUACAUUUCAAGCAUUGUCAAAUGAGUAUUUGAGGAUUUAAUGGCCAAUAAUGAGGAGCAGGUCUCCAGUCUUCUACAUCAUCUGAUCUGCAGGUUCAACGUUUCUUGUCAUUGGAUUAUAUUUCACCAUUCCCCACAGCCAUAUACUGUAUGUACAGUGGGACUCAAAGUGAAUGUCACAAUGUAGAUGAGUUUCCAAAACAACUACAAUAACAAUUGAAUUUAUCUUAAAACGUGCAGGCCGGUCAACCUCUUUAACACUUUAUACUGUGAGAACUUACAGAUGGAAUAAAGUCAAUACAACCAGUAAAAUAAAAGUGUAUAUAUAACUUAUUAUUGUACAUAUGCAUCAUGUAUAAAAGUAUCAAAGAAAUAAAAGGGGAAAAAAUCAAAUAUUGUUUUUCUGUGCUGUCUGAGUCAGAUGAUUGUAAAUUAAUUGUCUGUACUUGCAUUUAUUCAAACUCAAACUGUUUUUAAAUCAGUAGAUUGCCGCUGUAAUAAACUGACUGUGUUGUGAAGCCAAUAAAACAGUUCAAAGAGAUGAACAGAGUACUGCGAGAAGUGCAAAGUAAAUGGAAACGUGUGGGAAUAUUAAUCGAUGUACUUGAAUACUGCAAUAACAGUUUAGAACAGCUGGGGAUUGAGCAAUUACAGGGUUAUUCCAUGUCAAAUCAACCAAAUUUCAGAAACUUCCCCAGCUGAAAUGUGUGAUUUUAUUCAUUUUGUCUUUAAACCAUGUGACCCACAUUUGGUUUUCGACCACUGGAAAGGGGUUGAAUGUAACCGUUUGCACAUGGAGCCAUGUUUAGAGCCCCA